AUGACGGCCAUCAACGCUCCACGGGACAAGUGAGUGCAUUGACUUAGAACUUUUUGCUUCUGCCUGGAAUCAUUCAAUGCUAGGUGGAUAUGUAUUUUAUGGAUACAAUUAGUAUACAUAUACUAACAUUACUGGUGUGUGAAUGUGUUUUUGUCAGGUAUAAUGCGGUGUGGAUAAUAUUUUUCAUCCUUGGCUUGGGAACCCUCCUGCCAUGGAAUUUCUUCAUGACUGCAACCAUGGUAACUGUUCUUCUGCAUUCUGCUACAGCUGCUUGGUUAUGAUAACCAUGAGAAAUCAGACUUGGAGCUGUAGUCUAGUAGAACAAUAUGCUGUUAAGGCACAUACUGAUUUCCUAAGUCUUUAAACUGGUAAUACAACUGGUCUUAAAUGAUACACCUACUCUAAUCAAAGGGCUUCUGGAGCUGCCUCGAGGGAGGAUAUUUCAUUGAGGCCACUUUUGUAAACCGCUAGAAGCCCCUGGUUCAUCCCAGGGGGAGUUCAAACUUUUGGCAAUAUAUCCCUAAUCCCUGCACUGGCCCUGGGCAGCAGGCUAGCAUUAUGAAAACAUUGCCUCUCAUUAGUUUUGGUCAAGAGCUAACCCCCAAGUCUCUCUCUCCUUUACCAUGUUGCUUCUCUUUAGUACUUCACCAGCCGACUGAAGGACCCGGCCGUCGAGGGCUCAGCCAAUCUGACGGCCAACGCCACGGUGGUGGAGGGAGACGCGAGGAACGUCCUGGAGUCCAAGUUCAACAACGUGAUGACCCUGUGUGCCAUGGUGCCCCUGCUCAUCUUUACCUGCCUCAACUCCUUCAUCCACCAGAGGUAUAGUUAGAACUAAUGGUUACUAUAACCUACUGUCUACUGUAACCUCUAGGAAACCCAGGACUCACUUCAAACCACACCUCAUUCCUCUUAAAAGCACCUAGAAUUGAUACCCCACUCUUAUCCUCAAUCCCUGCCUAUUCACAUGUCCCCUUAUCCCUCACUUUCCCCUAAACUACCAUAGCUCUAACCCUGAACGGUGCCUCUCAUGUAAACCUAACGUAUCUCUGCUAAUCAAGGUUUUUUUCUGCAUGGAAAAGUCUUUCCAGGAUGAAAAACAUUUUCAGUGUAAACUUAAAAUCACUAAAACCAGAUAUAGUAUGUAGAAAAGAUAAUAGACCUAUAUAUAUUUUUUUUAAAUAAUAUCAUCUUUGAGAACUAUCAAUCAACCAAAUAAAAGCUAGACAGUCAGGGAGAAUAAAACAGUCCUAAAAUUAUCCAUUCAGGAGUAUUUUGGUCGAUUGUUAUGUUUGAUUCACUCAGAUGGCAUAAGCCAUGGCAAAAUGUGUAGAAUAGCAGAAAGUUGGCAUGUGUAGAAUAGCAGGAAGUUGGCUUUUGAAAGUCCACAUUUCUUCUCAACCCCAUGUAGGGUGGGCGAUAUUACGAAAGUAUCGGAUAUCGAAGAUGAUUGACAGCCAUCCUCGAUGAUGACGACAUUGUGAUGUGACAGAUGAUGUAUAGCCUAUUUCAACUUGACUGGUACCACGCAGUAAAGAGCUGACCUGGCAGUACACAGCAGGGCCAUGCCAAUUGGCCUAUUCCUUUGCUUUAGCCUGCAUAACCAAUUUCAAUAAAUAUGUUAGAAACAAUUUACAGAAUGCAAGAGAGCUAACUGAGCUAAGAAUUCCUCCAAAGCAGCUCAAAAUGUCCAGUCAGAAAUACUUUUGCUUUUUUCUCUCAAUGUAAGAUGAUCUGGGCCAUAUAGUCGAAGCCCAUUACAUUUUCUAUAGUGGACACUGCAGUGUCUAAUUAUUUUAAAAGCCUAAUUUUGAUAUGAAUAUGACUACAGUUUUUAUGCAUGCUGGCUUUUUCCCGCAUCCUCACACCAAGAUACUUUAUGAUGAAACAAUGAAAAAACAUGAUAGGCCUAAUAUAAUAAUGAGCAAAAUAGAACUAAUAAUAGCAAUAUAGAAAAAUCUAACGAGUAGUUUGAACAAACCUUACAGUUGAGCAAGGCUUAGUCUCAAAUAAAUGAUGCAUGCAUCCAUCCUCCUUGCUGUUGCGAACCAAAUGACCAAAAGACAAAUCAUACCAAUUUAAAAUAGCCUAUCAAAAGCAUUAAGACAAGUUGAAGUUAUGAAGAGUAUUUCCCAAAUAGGCUAUUCUAAUAGUGUUUAAUGUCCUAAAGUUGCAGUUUUCAAAUGGGAGCAAUUGUGAAAGUCAGUCUAUAGGCGAUUCUCAAUCACAGCUUUAUUUUGAAUGACAAAUAUUAUCAAACAAUAUCACAAAUUGAGCAAACAAUAUCAAGAUGGGAAAGUCAAAUGAGAAGUCAAGAGAACUUACAGCUGAGCAAAGCUUAUGAAAGAAAUGAUGUUGUCAGUAGGCCUAUUUCCAUAGCCUAUUAUUAGCAAUGUAUAGAACCUACAUGCAACGUAUAGAAGCCUAGGUCUGAAAAGAGGAAGAUUGGGCAAAAAUGUGAAUCAUUGAAUAAUUAUCCAGUACUGGAGACAGCAGAGUUGUGUGCUCUGCAGCUGGUUUACAACCCAUCACACGGCUCACAGCCAGCGACGCUUUCUUGCGCAUCGGCACGCACACCACACUACUUUCAUGCCACAGCUACAACAAGCUUGUGGUAGCGGUCCUUUUUAGCUGUCUUGUUUUUUAUUAUACAUUUUUGUUUAAUGUUUGGGGGUGGGGGGUUGGCCAAUAGGGGGCGAUACCACUGUGUGUUUAUAUAUCACAAUGUGUUAUGGUUACUUAAUCACGAUAGGACAAAGGUUGACAUCGCCCAACCCUAACCUCUGUGCUUUUAAACUGCAACAUUUUGUCACUGCGGCCAACAGAAGGGCCUCUAAAAAUGUUGGUCAGCAACAUUGACCACGCCCACCACCUAAUCCCCAUUUUGAUCCUGUAAUCCUCACCCCACCCUCUCAUUUUACCCCUGAAGAGCCCCAUCAGUUGUUUCCAUAGGGCAUUGGUAUGUUGACUUUAAUUAUAGUUGGCUAUAGAGAGAUCCAGCGAGGGGUAGUGAGGAAAAAAUGGAUACAGUUACAUUUACAUUUACGUCAUUUAGCAGACGCUCUUAUCCAGAGCGACUUACAAAUAGUUACAUAUCAGGAUAUUCAUUUUGCGCUAGUUUGCUCUACCUGCACCAACAUUCUAGUAUUUUUCCUUCAUAGCUUGUUCUCCAUCUUCUUUAUAAAUAAGGAGCCAAUUUGUUUUCAGCACUUAUUUCCAUGACUGAUCAAAACUCAUUUUCUCAUGGCGCUCUUCUCCCUCUACAGCAGACAAAUGGUGAGCAAUAGGUUUGAAUCACAAUAAAAUCGCAGUAUAGAAUUGCGAGAAUCGCAAUACAUAUCGUAUCGGCACCAAAGUAUCGUGAUAAUAUCUGAUCGUGUGGUCCCUGGCAAUUCCCAGCCGUAGUCAUCCAUCGGUGACCCCCAAUUCUGUCUAAACAGUCCUAGGAAUGUCUCAUCUGUUUUUAUCCUCCUUUCUUCCCCUCACCUCUCCCCCAGGAUCCCUCAGAAUUGGCGUAUCGCCGGCUGCCUGUCUGUGAUCCUGGUGGUGUUUCUGUUGACGGCGGUGCUGGUCAAACUGGACAUGGACCCUCUCCCCUUCUUCUCUCUCACCAUGAUCAAAAUCAUCUGCAUCAAUUGUAAGUGGACCCACCCAACCUACCUCAUACCUAACACACCAAGCUCACACACUUCAACUCAUUCACCACUCACACCAUCUGCUACGGAGUUGGCUUGUUUAAAAUGGGACGUAGAACAGCAAGGAUAUGCUAACCCCCCUUUUGCUCUCCUGUUGGUUUGAUUCUGAUGCCUGAUGAGGAGCAGCUUCUCAGACGGUCUAGGUUCCGCCAGAGGGGAGGACAGGGUGACCCAAUUGGAAUGCUUUGAUGUUGAUAUGCACACUCCCUGUAAAGACUGUGUAUACUAGGAAGGGGGUGAAUUAAAUAAUGUUUUAUUAUGUAAAACAACCCCUGUGAUGUUCUCAUUUGUUUUUGCUUUAUCUCUGUGAUGUGCCAACCCUACCUCUUUCGAUCUUCCUCUUUGAGUAUAUCAUUACUUUUUCUUACAAUCUCUCUGCCCCCCCCCCCCCCUUCUUAUGUUGCAUAGAUAAAGUUCUCUCCCUCUCUUGGCUUCAGAUGUAUUACUCCCUCCUAUAUCCAACACCUACAAUCACUAAUUCUCUCUCUACGUUGACUUAAUUUUCUCCCCUCUGUCUCUACCCAGCGUUUGGGGCAGUACUGCAGGGCAGUCUGUUUGGCCUGGCUGGGAUGCUGCCGGCCUCCUACACUGCACCCAUCAUGAGUGGACAGGGUCUUGCCGGGACCUUCGCUGCCUUCUCCAUGAUCUGUGCCCUGGCCAGUAUGUCUGACACACACACCACUGCUCUCAGCACUGUCCAUAACACUCCCACUCGCACCAGGUCCAUAACUUCUAUCCCAGGAUGAGAACAGUAAGCACUUCCAGUUCAUGACCCUGUGUUCUGUGUGUGUUUAGGUGGCUCGUCCCUGCAGGACAGUGCCUUUGGCUACUUCAUCACCGCAUGCGUGGUCAUCUUCCUGGCCAUCCUGUCCUACCUCGCUCUGCCCAGUAUGGUAAAACCUCAACUAACACACUAAUCCAGUGGCUCUCAACUGGUUUUGCCUCGGGACCCAAAUUGAACCAGGUUGUCUGUCUCGAUCCAAUAUUUUCCAAUCUGGAAAACUAUGGUUAAUGCUAGUAAAUUUACCAAUUAUAUGACAAGGGAACUACAGUCCCACCUUUUUCAUUGUCAAUCAUUCAAUUUUGCCCAUGUUCUUGAUGAAGAAUGUGAAGCUCACUGGUUUGAGACCACAAAAUCUACCAAAUCCGCUAAAUAGCGCUGCUAAUAACUAUAUUUAAAAUACUGUGAUUGACGAAAUAUAGGUUAAUUAUUAUAGGUUCAUUAUAAUUGCUACACACUUUCUACCUGGUUUCAGUUGUUUAAGUUCAGACUAUUUCCCCCCCCCCCCCCAUAAAAAUAAAUAAAUAAAUAAACAAAAACACUUGCAACCCAUUCAUAACCAUUUGGGUUGCGACCCACCAGUUGAGAAUCACUGCUCUAAUCUACACAUAACAUUGACCCCCUGCUGAUCUGGUCUUCCUAAUGGGAUGCUCUGACCUCAAAAUGCUGGUUCACUUUGUCAGUGAAGUCGUCAUUGGCUCAACAAGGUUAUCUGAGGGAAGCCGUUAGCAGGGUGUAGCACUGUAUAGCCCCCUGGCCUGUAUCCAUAAUGUGUCCUCACAUGCAGCUAUAUAGACAGAUGCAGUAACCUGAUAAUAAUAUGUAGGGGUGUUAACCCCGGCGUCCUGGUUAAAUUCCCAAUCUGGCACUCAUCCCAUCAUGGCCACCUAGCUUCCAAUUGGCUCAUUCAUCCCCUCUCCUCACCCUAUAACUCUUCCCCAGGUUGUUGCUUUAAAAGAGAAUAUGUUCUCAGUCAUCUUACCUGGUAUAAUAAGGGUAAAUAAAUAAUGUAGGUUGGCAAAUGUGCUGAAUUGUCUCUCCUGACCUCGCAGGAGUUUUUCCAGUACCACCUGGAAAGUAAUGGAUCCAGGCCAGCCGGCGGAGAUGAGGAGAACAAGAUGAACCUAUUGAAAAAAGGUACAGUCAGCAGAUGGAAUGUCGUGUAAUAAGACGCUGCUUAUAAAACCCAACGCCAUUGAGAAAUGAGUUUCUCCUUUUGUGUGUAGUAGUGUACUCUAUGACUCAGCCCAGGGCUUACUGGGUUAUAGUAGAACUAUAAUUUGCUUGUUUAUAUGUUUGUUCCUUGAUUUCAUUCUGUGUUCUUCUUUAAAGUUGCUUCUCUUGCAUCUCUAUCUGUAAAGCUAACAACAAAAGAGGAUGUGAGGAAUCAUACAGACUUUUGUGUUGUGUGACAGACAGCCCAGCAGAGAAGAGGCCGGUGGUCAGUCUGACAGAGGGGGAAGACAAGCCCACCAUAUCUGUGUUUGCCAUCUUUAAACAGGUAAGGCACCUGCACAAAGACCAUAUCAACAAAGUGGUCCUUCCAAGUGAGGGAAUUGGUGGUUGGGCCUAAAACCCCCCACUUAUGUUGUACUUAUUUUGUCCUGUGUUGGUAGAUCUGGGUAAUGGCCCUCUCUGUGUGCUUCGUGUUCACCAUCACCAUCGGAACGUUUCCUGCAGUCACAGUUGAUGUCAGAUCCACCGUGGCCGAUGGAGGUGCCUGGGGUGAGUGUGCUGAGGGAAUGUUUAUGUUGUAAAUGAUUACACAAGUCUUUAUUUAUCAGUGUUUUGCUGUAUAAAUGGCAUGUGAAGAGGGAGACCAGCAUACAGGCUUAUUGCAUUCAUCCUCUGUAUUAAAAACUGGCAAGGACGAUGCCCUUGCGAUUUUGCUCUAAUAGGUUUCAGUAUUGAUUUUAAGUCUGGACUAUAGUCUUGUUAUUCACCAUACUGUUGUUGUCCCUCUGUCUCCACAGAUACAUACUUCAUCCCUGUGUCGUGUUUCCUGCUCUUCAACGUGAUGGACUGGGCAGGAAGGAGUCUGACGGCCGUGAGUAUGUGGGUGAGUCUUGAGGCCCUGAGCACUAGUUCCACUGACACUGGCUCAAACAGACAAGGGUUUAUUUGUGUAGAUUCCUACUUAACAUCUGUGCUCCCUUGAAGUGGUUCCCCCUGGCCUGACCAAUUGUUCCCCUUGGCCAACUUCUUUGACAGUUCACUGGACCUUAGAUCAGAAUGUCUUGGCGUCUCAUCAAUCUAAAAGGGGAGAGGAGAAGGAUAGGCUAACGACUCCCAUGACAACAGUAUCACAUACAAUGACAUAACACAUUUGUUUAAAAAUACCUUACCUUCUCAAAUGUGUUAAUCUGAUCCAGAUUACUGCCUGGUGAUUACAUGACGUUAUAGGGGUUGUAAACCCCUCCUCCACACACCAUCAAAGUGAAUAGAAUGGAAUUAUAGUUGGAAAACUUGUUGGGGAGUACGAGUGAAAUCAUGCCGAGACACCCUUCCAGUCGGAUUUACAGAGCUAGACACAGCAACGAGACUGCCCUGGUAAGGGUCAUCAAUGACCUCAUGAAUGCUGGACCUCAGUGCAGCAUUCGACAUGGUCAACAAUGCUAUUCUGCUGGAUCGCAUGGAGAAGCUCUUGGGGCCUGUCAGACACUGUCCUGGACUGGUUCAGGUCCUAUCUCACUGAUCGCUACCAGUUUGUAGCCAUCGGUCCUAGUAGGUCAGACACAGUUGUUUUGUAUCUGCAUGCUGCCACUGGGAAACAUCUUGAGGAAACAGACAGGGCUUUCACUUUUAUGUUGACGACACUCAGCUCUGUCUCCACAAGCACUGACAUUGCCAAUGCCACAACACUCCUGGUCAGCUGCCUGCAGGAAAUCGAAGCGUGGAUGCAGUUGUUUCCUGCAGUUAAACUGCAAAAAGAGAUUGUCCUGAUUGGCACUCACACCAUCAUAAACAUCAGCUACAGACUCAAUAUUGAUGGUGUCAAGGUCCUCCCCUCCAGUGAGGUUUGCCACCUGGGUGUGAUAGUUGACAGUCAGCUCUCUUUUGAGGCCCAUAUCAAGAGUGAACAAAGUCAAAUUUUUCCAUCUACUGAACAUUGGCAGGUUAUGACCUAUGCGAUCACAUCCUGCAGCUGAGCGACUCAUCCACACCUUUAUUUAAUCCCGUCUGGACUAUUGUAACGCCCUGUUUGUUGGCGCAUCUGCCAAGUGCUUAAACAGGCUACAGUAUUUCCAGAACUGUGGUGCACGUGUCCUCACCCACACCUCCCUCCGCGAGCACAUCACUCCAGUGCUGUUCAAACUCCACUGGCUCUCCAUAUGGUCACACACCGACUACAAAAUCCUGGUUCACUCCUAACAAGGUAUCCACAACUCUGGACCCAAUAACUUAUAUUUGCAUCUUGGGUGUGAGAAGAGAAGCGCUUUACAAAUUAAAUGAAUUAUUAUUAUUAUAAAUCGUUCAGAAUUCUGUGAAAAAUCUGGUACAGAACACUUGAUGUGUAGGCCAGUGGUUUGUAUUGGAAAAAGCCCUUGUGUUUUUAGGAUGAAGAGUGACUGCUGAAGGAAGUUGGGUUUGAGGGGUGGGUGAGGAGUGGUGACAUUAAAGACCCCCUAUUGAUUUGGAGUAGCUUCCUGUUGUAAAUAGAUCUCAUGACUGGGGCUGUAACCGCUCCCAGCUCUGGAGUCUGUAAUUCACUGGCUGAGAGGUUUCUCCAUAGAGAUCUAGAUGGUGUUCUAUUUAAUUCUACCUCCGCAUCAUGACUCCUAUGAUUACUUUAGAAUGGAAUGAUAGGCUGAGUGCACAUAGAGCACUGUUACCUUACAUUCAGUUUGAUAGAGGUUAACUCCUGAAGUUCUGAUUGAGUGUUUGUAUUCUGACCAGUGGAGGCUGCUGAGGGGAGGACGGCUCAUAAUAAUGGCUGGAACGGAGCGCAUGGAAUGGCAUAAAACCAUGUGUUUGACAUAUUUGAUACAAUUCUGCUCCAGCCAUUACCACAGUCCCGUCCUCCCCAAUUAAGUUGGCUAACUUUACAGUGCCUUGCAAAAGUAUUCAUCCCCCUUGGCAUUUUUCCUAUUUUGUUGCAUUAUAACCUGUAAUUUAAAUGGAUUUUUAUUUGGAUUUCAUGUAAUGGACAUACACAAAAUAGUCAAAAUUGGUGAAGUGUUUCAGAAAAUGCAAAUAAAUAAAUAUCGGAAAGGUGGUGCGUGCAUAUGUAUUCACCCCCUUUGCAAUGAAGCCCCUAAAUAAGAUCUGGUGCAACCAAUUAUCUUCAGAAGUCACAUAAUUAGUUUGAUUGCACACAGGUGGACUUUAUUUAAGUGUCACGUGAUCUUUCACAUGAUCUGUGUGUAUAUAUACACCUGUUCUGAAAGGCCCCAGAGUCUGCAACACCACUAAGCAAGGGGCACCACCAAGCAAGCGGCACCAUGAAGACUAAGGAGCUCUCCAAACAGGUCAGGGACAAAGUUGUGGAGAAGUACAGAUUAGGGUUGGUUUAUAAAAAAAAAUAUCUGAAACUUUGAACAUCCCACGGAGCACCAUUUUAAAUCCAUUAUUAAAAAAUUUAAAGAAUAUGACACCACAACAAACCUGCCAAGAGAGGGCCGCCCACCAAAACUCACGGACCAUGCAAGGAGGGCAUGUGGGGAUGUUUUUAAUCGGCAGGGAAACUGGUCAGAAUUGAAGGAAUGGUGGAUGGCGCUAAAUACAGGGAAAUUCUUGAGGGAAUCCUGUUUGUCUUCCAGAGAUUUGAGACUGGGACGGAGGUUCACCUUCCAGCAGGAUAAUCACCUUAAGCAUACUGCUAAAGCAACAUUUGAGUGAUUUAAGGGGAAACAUUUAAAUGUCUUGGAAUGGCCUAGUCAAAGCCCAGACCUCAAUCCAUUUGAGAAUCUGUGGAAUGACUUAAAGAUUGCUGUACACCAGCGGAACCCAUCCAACUUGAAGGAGCUGGAGCAGUUUUGCCUUGAAGAAGAUGUGCCAAGCUUAUAGAGACAUGCAGCUGUAAUUGCUGCAAAAGGUGGCUCAACAAAGUAUUGACUUUGGGGGGGGUGAAUAGUUAUGCAUGCUCAAGUUUUCUGUUUUUUUGGGGUGUAAUUUCUUGUUUGUUUCACAAUAAAAAAUAUUUUGCAUCUUCAAAGUGGUAGGCAUGUUGUGUAAAUGAAAUUAUACAAACCCCCAAAAAAUCUAUUUUAAUUCCAGGUUGUUAGGCAACAAAAUAGGAAAAAUGCCAAGGGGGGUGAAUACUUUCGCAAGCCGCUGUAUAUACCCUGAUUUAACAUAUUUUGGCUGACAUUCAUGUCCUUGUACAGUAUAGGCUAAACCAUAGCCUUGAUUAACACAUGGUUCCCUAUAAUUGCUGACCCUAGAACCUCCUUUAGCCAGCAGUGUGUACCUCAUUAGUCUAAUCUCCAGCCCAUCUGAAAACCUGCCCUGAACCCAAGUCAGCCUCACACCACUCAAUGCUCUCUUGUUCUCUUCUCCAGGCCCCACUGCCAUCCAAUCCAAUUGAAAUAAUCAAAUCCAAUGCCAUUAAGCUUGGCACGGGUGGAAUAGUUCAAUUAUUUCACGGAGAAAAUGUUUCGCUAUCCCUUUUUACAGUGCUGUGUUUUAUUAGCCUAGCUCUUCGCUGAAGCAUAUAGUAGGCCCCAUAUUAUGUAACUAAUUGUGUUUAUAGUGCGAGUUGAGUUGUUUAUAUCUCUUGCCUGCUCUGAAUUGUGUUACUCAAGGUUUAAUUUGGAGGCCAUUGCUGAAUUCCCUGAGUUCACAGGCUCCUUGUCUAAGCUGUUCAUUGGAAUGUGUGUGGGUUUCAGACCCAGUCUUAUCCAGGGUAUGGCACGGUCUCAGGCUACAUAACCUUGCACUACUGUCUCCCACUCAGUUUAUGUUACUGAAGCUACACAGGAAGUGUGUAUAACCAUCAGCAACCUGACAUUUCAACACCCCUGACCAGCAACUUUCUUGUUGACAAAAUCCAGUGUAUAGAGAGGUGAUUGUGAUCAGGGUUCAAAUUCACAAGUGCUCUGUUUAAACAGGGUGUACAGUAUAAGGGUGGAGUGGAUGUGUUUCCUACUGAGAUGUCUUCUUCUUUUGUCCUGUCAGCCCGGUAAGGACAGCGUCAUCCUGCCCGUCAUGGUGGGUCUCCGUAUGGUCUUCGUGCCUCUCUUUAUGCUGUGUAACGUCCAGCCCAGGAACAACCUGCCCGUGCUGUUUGCCCACGACGCCUGGUACAUAGUCUUCAUUAUCCUCUUCUCCUUCAGCAAUGGAUACCUGGCCAGCCUCUGCAUGUGCUUUGGACCAAGGUAAGACCAUCACCCGUGACGACUACAGCACAGUUCUCAACACUCUGUACCAGGGACCGGCACUGCUGACUGGUUCCUCAGCGAGAAAGCUGACUAAUUGUAGUCAGUUCUCAAGCGGUACUCCAUAGAAAGGAACCAUAGCUUGCAGGUUCCUGUAACAUAGGUUGAGAAACACUGUACUAGCACAGUCAACUCAUGACAAAAAAGACAUUGCACUGGUUCAUCAUUUGUAUACAGUCCUGUUUUCUUCUCCUAGUCAUGUGUUUUGUCCCUCCUAUUUCCAUACAGGAAAGUGGCACAACACGAAGCGGAGACGGCCGGCACCAUCAUGGCAUUCUUCCUGUCUCUGGGUUUGGCUCUGGGAGCCGCCCUGUCCUUCGUCUUCAGAAUCAUUAUCUAG